AACGAGACGACGUUAUCAGUCUCCUGCGGUAAGACAGACCGUUCACGGUGCUUCGUAUAACUGUACAAUCAUAAAAACAGAGUUUAUUAAAUCAACACAUUACCGAGACAUUCUGUAUUAUUUUCAUCUGGUUCAGCGCGAUUUGCGCGUCUUUUCUGGCGUCUGCUGACUGAAAACAAUAAGCCUAGCAGACAAAGAUAUGAGAAACUAACGCUGUUCACCAAUAAAUGCUGGAAUGGUCCCAUUACCCUAAAAGUGAAGAAGAUAAAGUUUGUGAAAGAAGACUGAAAACAUGAAUGAUCCAGAGCCCUGCGAAAUAAAACAGGAAGAUUUUGAGCAACAAAUAGACCCAAUAGAAGAGAACACGGCGAUUAAAGAACUCGUUGAAGUGGUGAAGAAACAUCAGGUCAAAACUGAAGAAACCUCCUGGAGUUCCCCAUUGAAAAACGACAAUAUACGUUUCACUUGCCUUCAGUGUGGAACGAGUUUUUCAUGCAAACAAAAUCUCGACCUUCACAUAAAAUGUAAUUGUGGAGGAAAGCCAUAUGCGUGUGACGAGGCACAUAAGAUUUACUCAAUAAAAGGAAACCUUAUUGAUCACAUGAAUAUUCACACUGCAGAGAAGCCACACAUCUGUGAUCAGUGCGGGAAGAGUUUCGCACAAAAACAAAACCUUGAUGAACAUAAGAAAACCCACAACAUGGAAAGGCCGUACAAAUGUGACCAAUGUGGGAAAAGUUUCCCAUUUAGAGGAAACCUUGACAAACAUAUGAGGAUCCACACUGGAGAGAAGCCGCACAAAUGUGAUCAGUGCGGGAAGAGCUUUACACAAAAUGGAAACCUUAAAGAACACAUAAAAAUUCACACUGCAGAGAAGCCAUACACAUGUGAUCAGUGUGGGAAGAGUUUCAUUAAAAAAGGAGCGUUUAAUAAUCACAUGAAAAUCCACACCGGAGAGAAACCAUACUUGUGUGAUCAGUGCGGGAAGAGUUUUCCACAAAAACGUAAUUUUAACGAACACAUGAAAAUCCACACUGGGGAGAGGCCGUUCACGUGUGAUCAAUGCGGGAAGAGAUUCACACAUAAAGGGAACUUUAACGACCACAUGGCAAUUCACACCGGAGAGAAACCACACAUAUGUGCUCAGUGCGGAAUGAGUUAUGCUCGGAAAGCUUACCUUAAUGAACACAUGAAAAUCCACACCGGAGAGAAACCGCACACAUGUGCUCAGUGUGGGAAGAGUUAUGCUCGAAAAGGAUACCUUAAUGAUCACAUGAAAAUCCACACUGGAGAGAAACUGCACAAGUGUGAUCAGUGUGGGAAGAGUUUCCGAAAAUCAAGUGUUUUUAAAGUACACCUGCUUACGCAUUCUAGAGAAAGACUGUAUAACUGUGACCAAUGCGGAAAGAAGUUUUUUAGGGCAGAUUUCCUGAAGGACCACAUGAAAGUUCAUACCAAGGAGAGGCCUUAUGUGUGUUCAUUUUGUGGAAAGAGUUUUAGACAGAUUGGUAAUUUAAAGUCACACCAGAAAAGACACAGCGGCGUGAAGGAUCAUUCUUGUUCUCAGUGUGGGAAGGCUUUUUUUACUGAUAGUGAAAUGAAACAGCACCAGAUAGUUCACACUACAGAGACACCUUACAAGUGUUCACACUGCGACAGGAGCUUCAAACGGUCAGAAUAUCUGAAAAUACACGAGAUGAUCCACACGGGAGAGAAGCCGUAUCACUGCCAUUCAUGUGGGAAGCGUUUUACUCAUUAUUCUUCUCUAAUCUGCCAUAAAAAAAAUGUAUGCAAGUAGUUUGAGUUCUGUUCUUUAAGGCUGCAUCAAACCACUGUAUUUGUAAAUCAGAUCAUUAGACCAAUAAAGAACUAUUAUAUUAUU